UUUGGUCUGGCGGUGUGACGUCAUGAGUAUGCGCUCCCGCGAAUGUGAGUCUGGUGAAGAGAGGUUUGAUGCGUUUAGACUGCCGCUAAUUCUAUAAGAAGAAGAAAGCGCUUUGGUUUUAAGAAAAGCACAUUACAAAUCAAAUUAAUUAUCAUCAUUAACCAGAACAACUAAAACAAACGUGUGUACAAACCAACUGCAAGUGUUUCAUGAAAGAUGGCGUUUAUUAAAGAGGAGAGUGAAGACAUGAAGAUUGUAGAAAUAUUCAGUCUCAAUCAUGAAGAAGAUACUGUGGAACAAACAAAGAUGGCGUUUAUUAAAGAGGAGAGUGAAGACAUAAAGAUUGGAGAAACAUUCAGUCUGAAGCACGAAGAUAUAGAGGAACAAACAGACUUAAAGGUGCUGAAAGAGGAGAGGGAAGGACUGAACGAAACAGAAGAGAAAGAUCAGUAUGAGAAUCUUUGUGAUUCAAUAACUGGAGAAAAAUCUUUGUGUUCCUUAAAGUUUGAAAAGACUUCCACACAAAGAACAGAUCAAAAGACAGGAAAUCAGAGUUAUUACACUUGCCUUCAAUGUGGAAAGAGUUUUAGUCAAAAAGGAACCCUUAAAAGCCACAUGAGAGUUCACACUGGAGAGAAGCCUUUCACAUGCUAUCUGUGUGGAAAGAGUUUCAGUCACUCUAUAAACCUUAAAUGCCACAUGAAAAUUCACACUGGAGAGAAGCCUAAUAGAUCCCCUCCGUGUGGAAAGAGUUUGAAUCAAAGUGGAGAAAACAAGAUCAUUCACACUACAGAAAGCCAUUUUCCCUGCCAACAGUGUGGGAAGAGUUUCGCUUCUAAACAAAGCCUUGAAUGCCACAAGAGAACUCACACUGGAGAGAAGCCUUUCACAUGCAAACAGUGUGGAAAGAGUUUCAGUUAUAAAGCAAACCUUAAAACCCACAUGAGAAUUCACACUGGAGAGAAACCCUUCACAUGCAAACAAUGUCGAAUAAGUUUCACUCAUAAAGUAAGCCUUAAAAGCCACAUGAGAGUUCACACCGGAGUGAAACCUUACACAUGCAAACAGUGUGGAAAGAGUUUCAGUUAUAAAGGAACCCUUAAAACCCACAUGAGAGUUCACACUGGAGGGAAGCCUAAUAGAUCCCCUCAGUGUGAAAAGAAUUCGAAUCAAAGUGGAGAAAACAAGAUCAUUCACACUACAGGAAGCCGUUUUCCCUGCCAACAGUGUGGGAAGAGUUUCGCUUCUAAACAAAGCCUUGAAUGCCACAAGAGAACUCACACUGGAGAGAAGCCUAAUAGAUCCCCUCAGUGUGUAAAGAGUUUGAAUCAAAGUGGAGAAAACAAGAGAAUUUUAACUUGCCAAUCGUGUGGAAAGUGUUUCACACAUAAAGGAAAAUUUGAAAGGCACAUGAGAGUUCACACUGGAGAAAAGCCUUACACGUGUAAACAGUGUGGAAAGAGUUUCAGUCUAAAUGGAACCCUUAAAAGGCACAUGAAUGUUCACUAUAAAGAGAAGCCUAACAGAUCCCCUCAGUGUGAAAAGAGUUCGAAUCAAAGUGGAGAAAACAAGAUCAUUCACACUACAGAAAGCCGUUUUCCCUGCCAACAGUGUGGGAAGAGUUUCGCUUCUAAACAAAGGCUUGAAUGCCACAAGAGAACUCACACUGGAGAGAAGCCUUUCACAUGCAAACAGUGUGAAAAGAGUUUCAGUCGUAAAGAAACCCUUAAAAGCCACAUGAGAACUCACACUGGAGAGAAGCCUUUCACAUGCAAACAGUGUGAAAAGAGUUUCAGUUAUAAAGCAAACCUUAAAAACCACAUGAGAAUUCACACUGGAGAGAAACCCUUCCCAUGCAAACAAUGUGGAAAAAGUUUCAAUUAUAAUGUAAGCCUUAAAACUCACAUGAUAACUCACACCGGAGAGAAACCUUACACAUGCAAACAGUGUGGAAAGAGUUUCAGUCGUAAAGGAACCCUUAAAAGCCACAUGAGAGUUCACACUGGAGAGAAGCCUUUCACAUGCAAACAGUGUGGAAAGAGUUUCAGUCAUAAAGGAAACCUUAAAACCCACAUGAGAGUUGACACUGGAGGGAAACCUUUCACAUGCAAACAGUUUGGAAAGAGUUUCAGUCAACAUAGAAAUCUUAAGAGGCACAUGAAAGUUAACAAUAAAGAGAAGCCUAACAGAUCCCUUCAGUGUGAAAAGAGUUUCAAUGAAAAGUUAUAAAAUUGAUUCUGAUUGGCUGAGCCACAUUCUUAGCUGUUGUAAAUGAAUAAUAAUUUACAAUAAACAUACACCUUUUUUUUGUCUGUGUUGUUCUACAACCACAACUGCUUCUGGGUAACUACAUUGUUUGGAAAAAUAAUGUUUAUUAAUAUCAUUACAUUUCAUUAGAUUUAUUUUGUGAAACCUUGCUCCGUAUAUGGAGCAAGGUUUUAUAAAAAGCAAUAAACCCCACGAAGCUAUGGUGUACAGUGAAUUUAUGACCACUAAGUGGGUUUUAGGCACUCCACUGUGCAUCAUGCUCAACACCCCUAAGCUGUUAUAAAUUCACUGCAAACCACGUGUUCUUGCGGCUUAUUGCUUUACUAAACCUUGACGUCCACAGGCAAAUUCACACUUUGGAGAGCCUUUUUACCUGCCAACAGUGUGGAAAGAGUUUCACUCAUAAAGGAUAACUAAACCGGCACAGGAGAAAAGCCUUACACAUGUCCUCAGUGUGGAAAGAGUUUCAGUCAAAAAUGAUACCUUGAAUUUCAUAUGAGAAGUCAUGUUGCAGAGAAGUUUUAACAAAAAAGGUAACCUUAGGUACCACAUGAAGAUCUACUCCAGACUGACCUGUUUAAAUGUCAUCAGUGUGGAAUGAGUUUUACAGACAAGAUAAACCUAGCAAUCAGGCAGGGAUACUGGAUAGAAGCUUAAGUGCCAUUACUGAUACUCAUAUCAUCAGGUCAUCAUCUGUUUUAUUACUGUUUUUGUAUAUUCUCUUUUGUAUUAUAUUCUGUUUUAUACAUGCAUUAUUAUAGAAUUUGUAGUUAAUUUAACUUCACCUAUAUACCAUGUUUGGUAUUAGGGCUGCACGAUAUUGGAAAAAGAUGACAUUGCGAUAUUUUAUUUUUCUGCGAUAUAUAUUGCGAUAUCCACACUUACAUUCUCAUUUUAAAUGAUUUAAA